CUUUGGAAGAGUAGAUACAUAAUUGUUUGUGUGGUUAAAGAAUUUAAUUAUUUUAUUCAAGUAUAGGGUAAACGCAUGUUGUUUGGAGCACUGCAGUAGGGAUGAAUCGUAGAGGUUUAAAUACUGGUAAUACGAUGUCUUCUCAAUCAAAUAUUGACGAAGCAAGUUGGAAGGGGGUAUCAGAAGGCCCAACAAUGUUGCCUUCAACAAAUUCAGCGACACUUAAUCCGGACGCCAAUAAUCAAAGUGGAUUUCCCCAAGGAGGUCUCCCAUACAAUUCCAGUGGUAACCCAUACCCACAGGCUGGUCAAUCGUCUCCUGCCGGCAAUCAGUCCCUUGUAUUCCAAAACUCAAACCAGCCUGGUUCGAAUACUCCGCAGUACACGUCGUCGCCCGCACCAUCGGGAUCAUCGACCCCAGGGCCUGUUGGAGUUGGCGCUCAAAAUAUACAGGGAAAUUAUUCACAAUCGACGACUGCGGGAAACUUUAACGGACCCGUUGGCGGACCCUUUGGCUCGCCAUCAUCAGGCUUAGGGCAAUUUAGCCGCCCGGCCAGCUCUGGCACUCCAUUCAAUAGUGGUCAACCCGGGGGACACUUUUCUUCGCCAACAGUUUUCGGAGUUGGUGGCCAAUUCAAUCCCAUGCCACCGGCAUCGCCAUUUGGGCACAGUGGCAAUCAUCCCAUGAUGGGAGGCCCCCAGCAGAUGGAUAGAAUCGACCAAGGCUUCAGAAGGCAUAACUCUUACUUUAGUCACACGGAGCACCGCGUAUUCGAGCUAAACAAGCGUCUUCAGCAAAGAAACGAAGACAGCGAUAACUGCUGGUGGGACUCCUUUACAACAGAGUUUUUUGAAGAUGACGCCAGGCUAACCAUAUUAUUUUGCUUGGAGGAUGGACCAAAAAGAUAUACGAUUGGACGAACGCUUGUGCCGCGCUUCUUUAGAAGCAUCUUUGAGGGCGGUGUGUCCGACUUGUACUUUCAGUUGAAGCACGCCAAGGAAUCUUUUCACAACACGUCUAUAACCUUGGACUGUGACCAGUGCACGGUUAUCACACAGCAUGGGAAACCAUUUUUUACAAAAGUAUGUGCAGAUGCAAGACUUAUACUAGAAUUUAUGUACGAUGAUUAUAUGAGAAUUAAAUCGUGGCACAUGACCAUCAAGGGACAUAGAGAGCUCAUUCCAAGAUCUGUAAUUGGCACAUCGCUGCCGCCAGACCCUAUGCUACUUGACCAGAUCACAAAGAAUAUAACAAGAGCCGGCAUAACAAACUCGACACUUAAUUAUUUGCGACUGUGUGUUAUACUUGAGCCCAUGCAAGAGCUAAUGUCGCGCCACAAGGCUUAUGCACUUAGUCCCCGUGAUUGCUUGAAGACUACUUUAUUUCAAAAAUGGCAACGCAUGGUGGCACCCCCCGGAAAAAAGGAUCCCCAAAGGCCACCAAAUAAACGUCGCAAAAGAAAAGGCUCUAACUCCGGAGGCGGCAAUAAUACAAACACUCCACCGGUAGCAAAUCAAAAGCGUUCUCCAUCAGGGCCCAGUUUCUCGCUCUCAUCGCAAGAUGUGAUGGUCGUGGGUGAACCGACUCUUAUGGGCGGUGAGUUUGGCGAAGAAGAUGAGCGACUAAUUACACGUCUAGAGAACACACAGUAUGAUGGUACCAAUGCUGUGGAACAUGAUAAUCACACUGGAUUCGGGCAUGCCGACUCGCCAAUAUCUGGCUCCAAUCCCUGGAGCAUGGACCGAGCGGGCGCUAUACCAGCUAGUCCGGGUAAUGCAUCGACGCAACAAAAUAAUGCAAAUAUAGCUGAUAUUGAUAAGAAGAGCCCCAUUGUCUCGCAAUAGGAACAAAUGAUAAAAGUCUCAUUUUUCGAUAUAUUGUCAAAUGUAUUUUCAUACUUGCAUGUAAAAAUAUUUUUAAAUAAAGUUUCAAAGCUUUAGGUAAUGUAUAUAAGGUUAUCAAGUAUGUUGUAAUUAUUUACAUCACAUGCGAAUCAUUUAUCCGAUUAAACAGUGGAUAAAUACUUAGCUUAAUCAGUUUAUUCCAAGUGAGAAUUAAAUAUUUUUUUAGAGAUGUUAAGCACAAGCACAAACAAGGAAAUUUGUCUACUAUUUGUGCAAUAUACUUGUAAUUCCUUAAUUAUCAUAUAAUAUCAAUAUCUACAUUUCUGUUUUCUCUU